UUUGCAUCUUAAAACAUUCUUUUGAAGUUGAUUAUGAAUUUUAUUCAUCAUAUUCUAUUUUCCUAUUGUUUUUUUAGGUCACUGUCAUUCAACUUGUUAUCGUAUAUUAUUUUUUAAUAACCGUUUACGCUUAUUUUGAGCGAGACAGUGAGUCAGUCAGAGCUUGGUACGGAGGAGCAUCAAGGUGAUGAAAUGUUUAUUAAAGAGGUUUUUCAAAAAAUAUACUGAAAUAUUAAAAAUUUUAGUAUAAAAUUUCAAUACCUCACAACACAUUACCGUAUUUUUGAGACGAACACGAGAAGUGGAGGCGAGCAGAUGGACCGGACCGGUGGUUCUUGGGCGCCGCUGCUCUACCACCAGACAGUUGUUGCGACUUGACCCCUUCCGCCAUUUCCAACGCCCUCCUCCUUCCUCCCUCCUCCUCCUCGUCAACCUUUCAACUCACAUCCUUCUCUCUCUCUCUAACCACGACCACGAGUAGCGGAGCACCCGUCGUCCUCGGAAAUUCUCCGCACCAUCAUCUCAUCUCGCAAGUCAACCUCCUCUCCCCCGUAGUUAUUCGGUUUUCGUUUCGUGUUCUUGCCUUGCUGCUGCUGCGGUUGAGUGGGAGAAGCUGAGCCGCCACCGGUGAUGGAGGAGCGGCAGGCGGUCAACCCGGCCUGCCCCAACGCCGGCAACCCCUUCCACCGCUGCGCAGAGUACUGCCCCGUCCCUGCUCCUGCUCCCGCUUCCAAGCCCCCGCCGCCGGCCGCCCGACCGGCGCAGAACGGGACCGCCGCGCCCGAGCAGAACGGGGCGAACGGGACCACCACGCACAGCGACGGCGAGCUGCAGGCCAAGCCCCGCCGCCGCGACAGGGCCGGCGGAUCCGGCGGCCUCCCCUUCUACGUCUUCCUGCGAGAGGGAGCGGAUGGCGACGGCAAGAAGGUGGACCCGCGGUGCCCCAACGCGGGCAACCCGUUCCACGUCUGCACCGAGCACUGCGCCGCCAAGAUGGCCGAGGCCAGCCGCUCGUCGGAGGGAGGGAAAUCCCCCAUGUCCCUCUUCUCCCGCCACUCGCGCCGCUCCUCCUCCUCCUCUGAAGAUGGCAGCGUCAAGUCGGGGAGCAGCAGGAAGGUGGAUUCUAAGUGCCCGAAUGCUGGUAACCCGUUCCAUGAAUGCACUGAGCAUUGUGCUGCCAAGAUGAAGGAGGUGGAUCGGCAGAAGUCUGAUAAGAAGUCUUCGUCGCGCAAGAAAGGGGGAAAGGAAAUUGCCGUGGUGCAGAAUUGGAAGGUGGAUCCCAGGUGCCCAAAUGCUUCCAACCCUUUCCAUAUAUGUGCUCAAUACUGCUUCGAUCAUUUGAAUGAAGUGGGGCAGAAAAAUACGAGCAAGCCAGACUCAAAGAAGGGCAAGGCUGUUCUGAAAGCAGAGCAAACAGGAGAAAUCAAUCCUGAUUGUGCGAACGCAUCCAACCCCUAUCACAAGUGUGGGGAAUAUUGUAAGAGAAAAGGUUAUAGGUAGAUAAGGCUGGCGAUGCAAGAUUUGUUCUCCGGAUGAUGACGAUGAUGAGAAAAAAAAAGUAUAGCCCCCCGACAGUAGUAGGUUUCAAUAGAAGCUGUGUUUCGAUCAGCUCCUCUUUGUAUUGUGUCUGCAGCAUCUCAAUCUUUGCUGUGUUAUCAUGUAAUUUCUACACACAUUCUACCACCAUUCGCUCCCUAUAAAAGAGUCAAAUAUUCUAGAUGUAGCAUAAUUUGUCCCGUGAAGAUUGUAAAAAUAGCAGCGUGAUGUUUCUUUCUUUCUUUUUUGUAAGAUAAUGGCCUGCUUAUAUAAGUUAUAAUUUUGUCACAAA